AUGGCUAUUGAAUUUCAGCUGGAUUACAAAGGAUCCAAAGUUUACUAAAAUUAGCAUAUAUAUAUAUAUCAAUUACAUCUAAUAAAGCCUCCAAAACUUAGGGUGCAUACAGUGACAUGCUCCAACUACAUCAUCUUGUGUAAUCAGAUUUUUAUUGAUAAGUUCUCUUAUUAAUUAAGCUUCUUAAAUACCUCUGUCUCCAUCAGUAGGGAUGUAUCCUCCUUUACUAGAGAUAAAUAUCUAGUCUCUAGGGAUAUUUAAAGCUCAAAGUGCAGCUCCAAUAACUCGUUCUUAUUUCAUGUAUCUGUAAUUAAUUGCUGUAUCAAUCACAUCACUUCACCUGAUAAUAGAUCCAUAAAGCAUGAUAUCAUUAUUUAAUCAGGGGCUCCUUUAUACGACCCAAUCCCUAGACUGGUAAGUAGUAAGUUGUUUUUGUAGUUUGGUCUGAAAUAAUCUCGCUGUUAUUUGCAGAAUACUUUUUCGUUCCAUCUAUUUUUGCAUGCCCUGCGAUUGGUGUGUAUGAUAAUUUGUAAAUGUCUUUGA